AUGAUUCAGGAUUUUCUGACUUCUGUGUCAGCAUUGGAAAAGAUAUACGAUGCGCAAGUAGAGUUUUCUGUUGAACCAGAUGAAAUGAAAGAAGAAUACUUACAAGAAGAUAACGACGAGUAUAACGACGAUUAUAACGAUGACUAUAUCAACGACUAUAUCAACGACUAUAACGAUGACUAUAAUAACGACUAUAACGACGACUAUAACGACGAAUAUAACGAUGACUAUAACGAAGACUAUAACGACGACUAUAAAGACGACUAUAUCAACGACUAUAACGAUGACUAUAACGACGACUAUAACGAUGACUAUAACGACGACUAUAUCAACGACUAUAUCAACGACUAUAUCAACGACUAUAACGAUGACUAUAAUAACGACUAUAACGAAGACUAUAACGAUGACUAUAACGACGACUAUAACGACGACUAUAUCAACGAUUAUAACAACGACUAUAACGACGACUAUAACGACGACUAUAACGACGACUAUAUCAACGAUUAUAACAACGACUAUAACGACGACUACAACGACGACUAUAACGACGAGUAUAACGACGAUUAUAACGAUGACUAUAACGACGACUAUAUCAACGACUAUAACAACGACUAUAACGACGAAAAUACCGACGACUAUAACGACGACAUCACCGUUUUCUCUAAGAAGAACAAAUCCAAAAUUAUUUAUCCACAUUGGCCUUCAGCUUUAAAACCAGUUGCUCAUACUGCUGAAAAUAUUCCAAUUCCGGAACACUACAACUACAAACGCUGGACAACAACAACAUUAAUUGUGGAAUAUUUCAAGGAAACUAGUUAUCUCCUUGGUUAUUCUGCGUAG